GGGUUGAACUUUUCUCAAUGGCGGCGGAGCAGUCCGCGCGAACGCCCGACUCAACAAUGUUUUUAAAUAGUUGAAAAACUCACGGCUCACACAACUUUAUAAACAUGACGGCCCUCAUCUGCGGCAGGAGAAUCUUCUCCAUGAGGAAUAGCCUCUUCAAGGCACCUCGAAGAAAGGAAAGCGGAUACUAUGUUCUCCUCCCAGAAAUUGGUGAAGAUUUGCCAGAAAAAAAUCCGCUACUCAAAGAAGAAACUACGCUUCCUGAAUUCAAUCGCUUAUCGAUAGAAAGGUGCAUUGCAGCUAUUGGUAAACAAACCAUUGAAUUUGAACAAGGAAUUAAGGCAUUAGAAAAAGAUAUUGAAGAGUCAAAAAACUUGAACAUUUUCAAAGAUGUUUUUGAACCUAUUGAGAAAUUAGAAAUCCCUUUGCAAACAACAUGGGGUAUUUCAAAAGUUUUAUAUUUUGGGAAUCAAUCUUUGAUGCCAACAAAAUCUUACCUCAGUAUACACAAAAGAGCAUGGACAGCUAUAUCCCAGAAGUAUGAUAGUCAGCCACUUAAUGAGGUAUGCAAAAAGGCAAAUGAAGACACACAAAAGCUGACAGACGAACAGAAGCGUAUUUUACAAAAGUAUCUGCUUGAGGGCAGGUUGAAUGGCCUGAAUCUUGAUGAAACCAAUAGACAUCACUUUCGAGUGCUCAUAAGACAAAUUAGCAUGAAAAGUGAAGAGUUUAGACAAAAACUUGAGGUUGUCACAAAUUUAUUCAAGCACAAAAUCACAGAUCCUCAGAAAAUGAAAGGUUUCCCUGAGGAAUUUUUGAAAACUGUUGCUGUUGAUCCAGCACAAUAUGAAGUGGGUCCAUGGAUCAUUACCCUAAAGCCCCAUAUUGUACAAACUUUCAUGGAAUACUGUCCUGAUGGAUUAGAAAGGUUUAACAUUUGGCUAUCAAACGUUUUGAAGUGUUCCAAUCAUGGAGAGCAGGAGGUACAAACAGCUUCGCUUGUCAAUGGAAUAACGAGCGACAGAUGCGAAAUCGCUAGGUAUUUAGGUUUUAAACACUUUGCAGAAAUGAGUAUGUCCACUAAAAUGGCUGGAAGCUUAGAUAAUGUUUACAAGUUUCUCGAUACUCUUCGCAAUGCCGCGUUUCCUCAUCAAAUAAGAGAGAUCGACGAACUGACAGAUUUCGCACGAGAGCGAGGUUUUGAGGGCCUUUUAAAGCAGUGGGAUGUUCCUUACUGGGCAAGAAAGCAAAAAAGGACUUUGUACAAUUAUGACGAGGAAAUUCUGAAAGAAUAUUUCCCUCUACCCAAGGUUUUAGAGGGCCUUUUCAAGCUGAUCAAAAAUCUAUUUAACGUGGAAAUAAUCGAACGCGAAAAAGUCGAUGUCUGGCACAAAGACGUUCGUUUCUUUGACGUAUAUGACCUCGAGGUGUCUGACAGCGAGUCGGUGGGUAGCUUCUACUUUGAUCCUUACGCCCGGGGAGACCAGAAACUCUUGGCAAACAGACACUUUGGAUGGGUAUUGAUUAUGAGGAACAAGAGUGUGAUCAACGGUACCAAGCCGCUGACGUCGCUCAUCUACAAUUUUCAGCCACCUUUGAAGGAUGGUACCCCUUCAUUGUUGACGUUCAGAGGCGUACAGUCGUUGUUUGAGAACUUUGGUCACGUACUUCAACAAGUAUUGACAAGGGUUAACUCGGCGGAGAUCGCAGGUCUAUCGAACAUCGAGUGGGAUGCGGCAAGCACGAGCAAACAUCUGAUGGCUCAUUGGGUGUAUGAGCCCGAAGUGCUCAAGAGUAUCAGCAGCCAUUGCGAGACUGGCGAGACGCUCGACGACGAAACUAUUGAGAACCUUAGGCGUUCACGCACGCACAUGUCCGGCUUCAAUAUCUGCAAAGAGCUAUAUCUUUGUAAAUUCGAUCUUGAUCUGCACUCAAUACGAAAACCAUGGGAGGCUAUUAUGAAGAAAAAUUGGAGAGAACACUUUGUUUUCCCUGAAGACAAAAAAGACUCACAUGUAUGUUCUUGGGAUGCGAUAUUUGUUGAUAAUCUUGGUGCUGCAUACUACAGUGACUUGUGGUCGAAAAUGUUGGCUGCCGAUGUGUACAGCGCUUUCCAAGAAUCCCAUGGUGAUGCGGACCACCAGCGCAAGAUUGGAGGUCGUUUCAAAGAUACCUUCUUGUCCCUCGGUGGUAGCGUGCCAGCAAGCGAAGUAUUCAGACGAUUUAGAGGCAGGGAUCCGAGCUUAAAAGCCCUCAUCAAACAUUUGAAAAUCAACUAAGAUAAUUCAGAAGGGAAGCUGCUCUGACAGAUGUCGCGAUCGAAUUCAUAUAAACGUACAUUUAAAACAAUGACAAUUGAUAAACUUGAAUUUGCGGGUGAUUUUUUUUUUUUGAAUUAUAAUUGAUUUUGAAUCGAAUACUCGUUUUUUGGAUUCGACGUGAUUUUUUCAGCAGAGAGAAACCAAGUUACAUUUGAUUUUUUUUCGUUAUAUUAGUGCGGAUGGGAUUAAAGAAAAAUUGAGCGAUGAGAGAUAAAACAGUAGUUAUAUAUUUGUAUUUGCAAAGAUAUUUUACGCAUAAGAACCCGUUGUUGCAUACUCACGAUGAAGAGACAGUAGAGAGAACUGAAGAUAAAGCAGCUUAAAGAAUGUUAAGAUUACCGUGCGUAAACACGCUAAAAGUUGUCGAUUAAUUUAUGUAAGAUUAUAAAUUUGUAAAUAUGAAACUUAUAGGUAUUAUCA